GCAGAGUCGCUCUCCUGUACAGACAGUGACAUGGAUGAUCAGCCUGGACUGAGAUUUACAAACACCGCGAGCGAAAAGUUUCACAGCGGCUCAUAACUGUCUGUAUCAGCGCAUUUAAUCUGUUUUAUAUUGGGGAACGCUGUUCUUUUUCUGAAGUGAUGAGGAUGUUGGGUAUGUACGUGCCGGACAGAUUCGUGCUGAAGUCAUCUCAAGUCCAGGACGGGAUGGGACUGUACACUACCAGAACAGUCAAGAAGGGUGAGAAGUUUGGUCCGUUCGCUGGUGAGAAGCGGAUGCUGGGUGAUCUGGAUGAAAGCAUGGACCCGCGGCUGAUGUGGGAGGUUCGAGGGAAUAAAGGUGAUGUGCUGUAUAUCCUGGAUGCUAGUAACCCUCGUCAUGCUAACUGGCUUCGCUUCGUCCAUCAGGCCCCUUCACAGGAGCAGAAGAACCUGGCCGCAAUCCAGGAUGGAGAGAAUAUCUUUUAUCUGGCGGUUGAUGACAUCGAGACGGACACGGAGCUGCUGAUUGGUUACCUGGACAGUGAUAUGGAGGAGGAAGAGGAGGAUCUGGAGGAAGAGCAGGACAUCAAAGAUGAAGACGAGAACAGUAAAGACAGCAAACAACUCAGUGCAGACACAGAGCUGAUGAUCAAAAAGGAGGAUUACCCAUGUCUGCUGUGCGAGAGCAGCUUCCCCAGUGAAGACGUGCUAGCAGAGCAUCUCCAGAGCCUCCACAACAGAGGAAGUGCUGAAGACAAAGAGUUUAAGUGUCGAUCCUGCGGAAAAGAGUUUCCCGUCAGACAAGCCCUGCAGCGCCAUCUCCUUCACUGUACAGAGAGCUCUUCUUCAUCAGGAGACCCUUCUAAAGCUUAUCAGUGUGUCCUGUGUCACGGCUCCUUCAGCUCACAGUCCAGUUUCCUGCAGCAUAAAGAGGCGUGUAAAGGAGACGAACGCUUCAUCUGUAAGGCGGAGAGCUGUGGGAAGAGAUUCAAGAGUAAAGACGCACUCAAGAAACACAAAGGCAACAUCCAUAUAGGUGGUGCUCGCAGGAAGUUGGUGUGCACCAUCUGUAAUAAGAAGUGCUCAUCCUCACUCAACCUGCAGGAGCACCGCAAGGUUCAUGAGGUGUUUGACUGCGACGCCUGUGAUAAAAAGUUCAUCUCCACCAAUCAGCUGAAGAGACACAUGAUCACACACUCAGAGAAGCGUCCGUACACCUGUGAGAUCUGCAGCCGCAGCUUUAAGCGUCUGGAUCAGGCCACGGCUCACAAGAUCAUCCACAGUGAGGACAAACCGUACAAGUGUAAGCUCUGCUGGAAGGAGUUCGCCCAUCGCAACGUCUACAAGAACCAUAAAAAGACUCAUUCAGAGGAGAGGCCUUUCCAGUGUGAAGAGUGUAAGGCUCUGUUUCGUACCCCGUUCUCUUUACAGCGCCACCUCCUCAUUCAUAACAAUGAGAGGACGUUUAAGUGUGACCAUUGUGACGCCACUUUCAAGCGUAAAGACACACUCAACGUGCACAUUCAGGUGGUUCACGACGGACACAAGAAGUACAAGUGUGACCUGUGUGAGAAGGCCUUCGUCACGCCGUCUGUGCUCAAGAGCCACAAAAAGACCCACACAGGAGAGAAGGAGAAGAUCUGUCCAUACUGCGGCCAGAAGUUUGCCAGCAACGGCACUUUGAGAGUUCACAUCCGCAGCCACACGGGUGAGCGGCCGUAUCAGUGUCCCUACUGUGACAAAGCCUUCAGCAAGAACGACGGGCUAAAAAUGCACAUUCGCACACACACCCGGGAAAAGCCAUAUAAAUGCAGCGAGUGCAACAAGGCCUUCAGUCAGAAGCGCGGGCUGGACGAGCACAUGCGCACACACACCGGAGAGAAGCCCUUUCAGUGCGACGUGUGUGACCUGUCCUUCAGUUUAAAGAAGAUGUUGAUCAGACACAAACUCACCCAUAAUCCCAACAGGCCGAUGGCUGAGUGCUCCCUGUGCCACAAGAAGUUCACCCGCAACGACUACCUCAAAGUGCACAUGGAGAACGUCCACGGAGAGACGGAGGGAUAAACUACCAUACACUACACAUGCACACUUAAGGGAUCGUUCACGCAGAAAUGACUUUCUUUCUCCAGUAGAACACUGCAGUAGUGAACAGGUUUAUUAGAUUGAAUUAAACGCAUACAAAAUGAGUCCAAAUCAAUAGCCACGGCUUCUGAUGACACACUGAGGUCGUGUGAAGCGAAAUGAUCACUGUGUGCAAAAAAUUGAACAUUAUUUACAAUAUUAUACGCUUUGAUCUACAGUGUGAAUAUACUCAGGUUGUAGUCUGAUUGCUUUGAUUACAAGUGUUUGAGCAGGCUGCAGGUUAAAGCUAAUGAUAUUGUGAAUAAUGUUCAGUUUUUUACACGGAGCGAUGGUUUCUCUUCACAAGGUUUCUCUUCUCAGUAUGUCAUCAGGAGCCAUGGUUAUUGGGUCAGUGUAUCUUUUGGUCUUUGGAUUUUCAUUUUAGAAAUGGAUAUUAAUAAACAAAAACGAGCCGUUUUUUGAUUUUCGUUUUCACAUUUAAAAGCGAACAUUAAAAUACGAGGCGUUUUUCCUUUUUAUGGUGAAAAACGAAAAAGCUAAGUUAAUAAAUGAUUUGAUUUUCAUUUUUUAUUUUGAAUAACAAAAAAAU